AUGCGUAAUUCCAGGUCAAAAAAUCUUAUCAAUUACUUUUGCGUUGUUGUUUUUCUCUUUUCUGUUGUCCUGCUCGAUCAGUUCGCCUAUAAAUACACUGAAAAAAUAGAUUUGAUUUCAUCGACCUUCAAAUGUUCGCAAUGUUCAUUAAUAUUGCGGGAUCCUGUUCAACUCAUCGGUUGUGGACAUCGUCUCUGUCAGUCGUGUGUUAGAGAACAGCCAGGAGAUUCAAUCACGUGUGCAGAAUGUUAUCAACGAUUUUCGCGGAAAGACUUCCAACGCGAUCGAGGUUUUCAGAAUGACUUGAACACAUUGGUAGUUCAUUGUGCAUAUUGUGAUUGGACGGAUGAAAUGAAGAAGUAUCAGAAACAUUUGAACGAAAUGCAUUCGAAUCCAACGUGUGAAUUCUGUGAGGAAAAAUUCUCAUCUGAUGAAGAUUUUAUUCGACAUCAACUAUACAGUUGCGAAAAAAUAUUUGUCUCUUGUCCUUUCAAACAGUUCGGAUGUCAAGAUCAUAUACCUCUCAUCAGCUUAAAUAAACAUUACCGUACAGCACAACAUCAGUUAAUCCUAAUGAACAUUGUUUUUCGUUGGAAGUCAUUGCUGGCAACAGGAUUGUUGAUCGAUUUUAAGCAAACCGAACAAAUCACAGCAGAUGAAUUACAAGAUAUCGCUGAGAUGGUCAAUAUUUUGUCGGAGACUAUACCUGUUCUAAAAGAUGAUAGUCAACGUAUUAUUUCAGAGGCCAGUCAUCUCCAGGAGAAUCUAAAUGCUAUUUCACAAGAUUGUUCUACAUUGAAACUGUCGAUUCAAGAACAGAAUAGUGUUUUAGAUACUCUCGCAGUCAGCCAAGAACGUCUACAAGCAGAUAUUAAAUCUAUCGAAGGAAUGAUUAAUACUGCCAGUAGUACAACAUACGAUGGAACAUAUAUAUGGAAAAUCGAUCAUAUUGCUGCAAAAAUAAUUGACGCACGAACUGAAAAACAAAUGUUCAUAUGCUCACCAUCUUUUUACUCGUCGGUGACUGGUUAUAAAAUGUGUCUCCGUCUCUAUUUGAACGGCGAUAAAGAUGCGCAUGGAACACAUAUCUCAUUAUUUAUCGUACUUAUGCGAGGUCCAUACGAUGCAAUCCUGGAAUUUCCAUUUCUCUACAAAAUAAUCUUUUGUCUUUACGACCAAACCAAACGGCAAGAUCACAUUAUCGAUUCAUUUCUGCCCGAUGAAACUUCCAAUAGUUUCCAUCGGCCAACUUCGGAAAUGAAUGUGGCCAGCGGCAUAUCCAGAUUUGCUUCGUUAAAAGUAGUUAAUGAAGAAGAUAGUCGAUACACCCGUGAAGAUACAAUGUAUAUCAAAGCAGCGAUCGACUUUCUUCAUAUGCACCGCAUCUCAAUCCAUCCUUAA